AUGGACGAGUCUCAACAGCACGAAGCCCAGAUUGCGGCCAAAAUUGGCAAUUCAAAUCCACAUGUCACAAGAUCUACAGCUCAAGAUCACAUUCAGCAUCGAGUGGAUCAGAUAUCUGAACACGAUGCGAUUCCGAACUCUCAAGCUGAAAAUUUGAUGCAAAACAGAGCCUACGAUAUUCGUCAGAACCUGAAGAUCCCCGCCAACAAGAGACAAUUUCCUGGCAUUUGUAUUCAGAGUCACAGUAUUCCAGGUGUUGCUCCGGUUGCAGAUAUGGGACCAUACGGUGGUGGUGGUGGUCGCGCUGCUGCUCCCAUGAGCAGCCCUGCGGCAAGAGCUCGAGGCGGCCAAUUCCUGACCCCCUCACGACCCAGUGUGACCUCUUCACCUUCACAGUUCUGUUCACUGGUCUCCAACCCCUUCAGCCAAUAUACAACUCCCUUCAGCCAGAACAUACCUUCAUCAUCUCUACAACAUCCAUUCCUACCCGUCGCCCCCAAUGGCCGUCCAAUGCAGAACCCGAUGGUGGCAGCGCUCUCAUCCGGACAGCAACGUCGCUUCCGGGCGCGACUUCAAAUGGACAAGAACCGAAGAGCCAGAGUCGUCAAAGUCACCAGCCCCCAGAAGCCACCCAACUCGAGCAGCCCUCCGAUCCCUUCGUCUCUCCGAAGUGUCAAGUUGCCUCCCCUGCCGAUUGAAAUCAGCUCCGACUCGUCGACCAGCGAUGAACCGAUCCCUACGACACACGUCCUACCUGGUAGCCAACUCCGCCAGGAUCCGACUAAAGCAGGAGUGAUGUCCAAUAUCUCAUUCAGCAGCCCUCCUCCUCCCAUGUUCACUAAUGGCCCCUUCACCUCGUCCUCAUUCAGCAGCCAGUCCCCUCCCGUGCUUCCUAACGACUUCUUCAGUACAUCGUGCCCUAGUUCUCACUCGCAUCAUUUCAUAAACCCUCAAGGUGGACAUUACGUAUCCCCAGCCGAGGAGAUCGCAAUGAGGGUCGCCAACGCGCGCUCUCUCGCCCACAAUGGCUACCGCGGUACGUUUGAGAUCGGCCGCCUCACCUGUCUCAUCAACCCUUACACCGGCGAGCCCGACCCCAUUGCCGAGACACGCCCCGACGCCCGAGGCAACAUGGUCACGUACGACUUGCACACAAAGAAGGAUGUCCUUUCCGCAAACCCGAGCAUGCCUCCCAAGGUCGCGGAGCUCCCGGACAAACACUUCAACUGCAACGGAAAGGACGCCUGGAUGGGCGCCAGGCUUGGCGAGGGCACAGAAUCCGUCAUGUUGCACGAGGAGGUUGCCCCGACCGCGACUAACUUGGGCCCGACUCCGUAUUGGAUAAAGGAAGCCAACGAGACUCUGGGCAUUCCGAACGAUAACGACGGAGAUGAUGAAGGCCUCUUUGAGAAUUGCGACUUGGAUUUUGACGACUGA